AUGGUGAUACUCCGAGCAGGCCUCUGCCCCGGCCUCACGGCAGAGAUGAUCCAGCUUCUGAAAGCCAACAGCAUCGCUACAGUGGUGGACCUUGUCUCCUCGGACCUGGAGGAAGUUGCCCGGAAGUGCUGCCUGUCCUACAAGGCCCUGGUCGCCGUGAGACGUGUGUUGCUGGCACAGUUUUCAGCCUUUCCUGUCAACGGGGCAGAUCUCUACGAGGAACUCAAGAGCUCCACAGCCAUCCUGUCUACAGGGAGCAAGAGCUUGGAUAAGCUGCUGGACUCUGGCCUCUACACUGGGGAAGUGACCGAGCUCACAGGAGCGCCCAGCAGCGGCAAGACACAGGUGUGCCUCAGCAUAGCCGUGAGCAUGUCCCACGACCUCAAGCAGAACGUCCUCUACGUCGACUCCACGGGCGGGUUCACGGCCUCUCGCCUGCUCCAGCUGGCUCAGACCAGGACAGGGGAUGAAGAGGAGCAGGUGGAGGCUCUGCAGAGGAUUCAGGUGGCCCGGGUGUUCGAUGUCUAUAAAAUGCUGGAUGUGUUACAGGAGCUCCGGUGCAGCGUGUCCCAGCAGGUCCUGAGCUCCUCGGGGCCGGUGAAGGUGCUGGUGGUUGACUCCGUCUCAGCAGUGAUUUGCCCGCUCCUCGGAGGCAGGCAGGCGGAGGGCUUGGCCCUCAUGAUGCAGCUGGCCAGGGAACUGAAGACCCUCGCCAGAGAACUGAGCAUGGCUGUGGUGGUGACUAACCACGUGACCAGAGAUGGCAGCAGUGGUCACCUGAAACCAGCCCUAGGUCGCUCCUGGAGUUUUGUGCCCAGCACCCGGGUGCUGUUAGAGAGCAGAGAAGGCACUUGGGGACAAGCUAGCACCCGUCGCAUUGCUUCCUUAACAAAAUCGCCCCGGCAGCCAACUGGGAUUGAGGUGGAGCUGGACAUCGGAAGCUGUGGGGUAUUGGAAGAGAGCCCAGCUGCAUCCGGAGAGGGACGCUGAUGGAGGGUGAAAAGUGAACAGCAGAUUACAAGGGCCUUUACUGUGGACACCUUUGCAGCUAAUAUUACUGAAGACUGCAGAACCAGACCACGUUAGCCAAGCCAUCUUGGUGGCCAGGAGAGAUGCUUGGAGUCCCAGAAGAAAGGACUGUAGAAACAGGUCUGUUUCCUGUUGUCUUUGCCAAUUAAGGAACUCCCUCAUCCUGGACAAGGGAGGUUUGGGGUUCCAAGGAGAUCUCAGAGGAAUGCGUUUGAGUCAGACAAGCACUGCGUGUGGCUGUAGCACUUUUCUGGAGUGCAUUAAAACCACAAGCCCUUUCCUGGGGGUUCUGUGGAUUAUCAGGGGAACCUUUGUCUCAGGGUGUCAUGGGAUCAGCGGGAAUUUUGCUGAAUUAUUUGAUGAAUAAACACCAGA